AUGGCUUCGAUCAUUGCGAGUAUCUGCCCCUUUGUGGAGAUCCACGUGGCCAAGAUUGACUGCCGUAAGCAAGGAUACCUACCGAACCCCGUCUUUGACGUGAGAAAACUCCCAGAUGCCAUCGAAUGGGCACUCGACAACGACAUAGAAAUCAUGUCGACGAGUUGGAUCUUCAGGGAUCAUGUUGAACUGCAAGCUCCGUCCGCAAAGCCCAAGGAUACUUCCGAACUCCAAACCCCUGCCUCGAAACUCAAGAGAUUGAUCGACAACGACGAAAGGUCGGCGACAGUGGUGAUUUACUCUGCAGCUAGGGAUAAGGAAAACGACGCUGACAAGUCCGAAUACUAUCCGGCUGACUGCACGAGAGCACAAUCAAUCGGUGCUGCGAACAUUCACAAUAGCCCACAGCGGUAUGUUGUGCCAAAGGCGACAGAUUUUAUUUUCCCCAGUCAAAACGUCGUUGACGGCGACGCCGAUGGUGGUAACUCCGUGGCCACUGCCGUGGCUGCUGGCGUCGCUGCACUUGUUCUACACUGUUUCCGGGAGGAUAACUUGGAACUGAAGCCCGCCGUCCGCCGUUCUUUCAUGGAGAAGCUGUUUCGUGACCUGGCAGAGCCGAACACCAAAUAUGUCAAUCUGGAAAAACUCUUCUCUCGCAGUGAUUCCGAACCUGCCAACCCCCACAGGUUUGUGGAGAGCGUACUUGCAAAACUGAGCUUGGAACGUUCCCAAGUAGAAAGCGGGCGAUGGUUCUCGCAUGCCCGGUGA